UGAGAGCCCAAUCCGCACAGCAAAACCCAACCAAAACCCCGGCGGCACCUCGGCUUCCCUCGCCAUGGACCUGCAGCUCGCCCCGCCCCUCCGCCUCGUCGCCUCUACCCACCGCCCCAAGGCCACCGCCACCGCGGCGCCCUCCUCCUCCUCUUCCUCUUCCUCGGAGCCCCUCAAGCCCCGCCCGCCGCGGCCCCACCAGAACCCCGUCCCCAUCCCCAAACCCAGCCCCGCGCGCCUCCCUUCCCUCUGCGCCGCCAUCGAGCAGCAUGCCGCCGCGGGCCGCCACGCCGAGGCCCUCCACGCGUUCCGCCUCGCCCGCUCGGCGGCCCCCUUCGCCCCGCUGCCCGCGCCCACCUACCACGCGCUGGUCACCGCCGCCGCCUCGCUGCGGGAGCCCGGCGAGGCCGCGGCGGUGGCCUGGCACAUGGAGAGCUCCGGCUUCGAGAUGGACGUGUACGCGCACAACCGCGUGCUGGGGAUGUUCCUGGCGUGCGGGAUGCUCGCGGAGGCGCGCCAGAUGUUCGAGGGAAUGCCGGGGCGGAGCGCGGUCACGUGGGGGGUCAUGAUGGGCGGGCUGGUCGACCGGGGCCGCCCCCGCUCCGCGCUCGUGCUGUUUUCGCAGCUAUGGCAGGAGGUCAGUGUGGGCGCGGGGCCAAGGGCGGUCAUGGUGGCCGUCCGCGCGGCCACGGCAGCGGGGUCGUUGCGAGCCGGGCGGCAGCUGCACUGCUGCGUCGCCAAGAUAGGGGCGUUCGACGGCGACGGCAAUCAGUACCUGUGGUGCGCGCUGCUCGACAUGUACAGCAAGUGCGGGCUGGUGGAUGAGGCGAGGCGGGUGUUCAAUGGGAUGGCGCCGCCGCAGAGGAGCGUGGUGGCAUGGAACUCGAUGCUGGCGGCCUAUGCACUCCACGGGCGCAGCGAGGAGGCGUUGGAGUUGUACCACGUCAUGUGCGGGAGCAGUGUCGGCAUGGACCAGUUCACGUUCUCAACGAUGCUCGGGGUUUUCGCUAGGUUGGGGCUUCUGGAGCACGCGAAGCAGGCCCAUGCUGGCCUGAUCCAGAGAGGAUUGCCGCUGGACGUUGUCGGGAACACGGCACUUGUGGACUUGUAUUGCAAGUGGGGUCGGAUGGAGGAUGCGAGGAAUGUUUUCGAGAGGAUGCCUAGCAGGAACUUGAUCUCUUGGAACGCUUUGAUAGCAGGUUAUGGCUACCAUGGCAUGGGAGAUAAGGCGAUCAAGAUGUUCGAGAGGCUGAUUGCUGAGGGGAUUGCUCCAAACCAUGUGACAUUUCUAGCUGUACUGAAUGCAUGUAGGUUUUCUGGUCUUGUCGAUAAGGGAAAGAGGAUUUUCCAGCUGAUGACUCAAAAUCCAAAAACAAAACCACGGGCUAUGCACUAUGCCUGUGUCAUUGAGCUUUUUGGUAGAGAAGGCCUACUUGAUGAAGCCUACUCAGUGAUAAGGAGAGCACCGUUCACCCCAACUGCGAACAUGUGGGGGGCCUUGCUCACCGCUAGCAGGAUCCAUAAGAACAUGCAUCUUGCAAAACUAGCUGCCGAGCAGCUAUUGGCAAUGGAACCUGAGAAAAUAAACAAUUAUGUCGUGCUCCUCAACUUGUAUAUUAGCUCUGGUAGACAAGAUGAUGCCUGCAAGGUAAUUGAAACAUUGAAGAGGAAGGGUUUGUAUAUUAGUAAUGCUUGUAGCUGGGUCACAGUCAAGAAAAAAGGCCACAGGUUUUUCUUCAAAGAUAGUUUGCACCCACAAAGUGCUGAAAUAUACAGGAGGCUAGAUACAUUAAUGAAGGAGGUAAAAGAAAUUUGUUACAUUGCUGAGGAGAAUGAAUUGCUCCCUGAUGUUCAUCCUGACGAGCAAAAGAUAUCGAGAGCUUACCACAGUGAAAGACUAGCAAUUGCUUUUGGCCUUAUCAGCACAUCUCCACAUACACCCUUGAGGAUCACUCAAAGCCAUCGUUUGUGCCGUGACUGUCAUAAUGUAAUCAAGUUUGUGACAAAAGUUACCGACAGGGAAAUUGUUGUAAGGGAUGGUAGCAGGUUCCAUCACUUCAAAGUUGGGAUCUGCUCUUGCGGUGACUACUGGUAACUGGCUAAUCACUCGAGAUGUUCUGAAGCCAAUUCUGGACUUGAAAUAAUUUCGAUUAAUGAGAAGAACUGUUUGAUCAACCAUAAUGCUUCGACUUCUUGGUUAUAUGCAGGUUUGCAAAAUCAGAUCAAUUGGUUUCCCUCCAUUUCCACUAGCUUUACAAACCUUGUGUAAAAGCAGAUCUUUAAAAGUAGCCUGAAUAUGUGUUGGGUGGCUUUCACAUUGGAGAUGCCAAUCUUUACUUGUGUCCUGUAAGGAAUAAAGCUGAGAUGUAACAAAGGAUCGAAGGAAAGUAUAGCACUUUGAGCAUCUUUUGACAGCUUGCUUCAUUACUGCAUCAUAGUUGGAGAACAAUUCUCAUGUUGCACUUUCGUGCUCACCUCUUUAUUCACUUAUUAGCAAUAAAAAGGGUCGCAACUCACAACUCCC